UCCGUCUGGUAAGACACUGUCCUCCCCUCCACCGCCUCCUCCAACGCUGCCAGUCUGGUUGACGCCUGGCUCCGGUACACCUGCACAUACACAUUAGCAGCACACAGACACGGAGGAAUGAGAUGUGGAGUGUUGCUAUGAGAGGGGUGGAUUUACAUGAAGGACAGCGCAGCAGAAACAAGUGGAGUGGAGGAGGGGGAGUCUCACACACUGGGACAAGAACAUGACUUGAAGAUGAGCUGUCCUCAGACUGAGUUUGAGGAGAAGGAAAGUCCUCCUCCGGAGGAGUUAGAGUGUAAAAUCUGUUAUCAGCGUUACAAUGUCCACCACCGGAAGCCUAAAAUCCUGGACUGCCUUCACCGGGUCUGUGCCCGUUGUCUCGUUAAAAUCCUGGAUAUUGCUGACAGUGCAGGCUGCAUCUCCUGCCCCUUUUGCCGACACCAAACUGAGAUCACUGAGCAGGAGAUUUCAGCCCUGCCUGAUGAUGUUAACAUCAUGUCCCACUUGGUGAUGCGAGACAAAUCCUGGAAUUCCGACCAAAACAGGGAGGUGGUCUUGACUCCAAAGAGUUUCUCCUCCUCCAGUCCAUCUCGUGACUCAUCCAACUGCCUGGUAAUCACUAUAAUGGAGGUGCAGAGGGACUCACAACACUCUCCAAGCCAAAAUGGCAGCUCAGAUGUUUAUGCUGAGCAAAGCCUGGACUCAGUAUCUAUAGGCUCUAAUGGGCCAGCAGAUCAGGAUGCCUUGUCCAAGUUCUGUAAUCAUGUCCCACGCAUCCUGGUCUGGCUUCUGGGUUUCUUAUACUUUGGCUCACUUCCUCUUGGAAUCUACUUGCUGGUGAUUCAGAGAGUGACUCUGGGUAUUGUAUGCGUUAGCUUAGUACCAUCAAGCCUGACAGUUUGCCUGGUCUAUGGAUUCUGCCAGUGCCUUUGUCAAGGCAUGUGUGACUGCUCUUCCAGAGGAUGAUGGGAUCCUGAAAACUGGUUGUCCUAGGAUAGGAAAGAGUCAGCCUGUGGGAGUACAGGCCUCCAGGUAAAGAUGAUAUCCUCUCCUGCACAGGCAUAACAAGCUGAGCAGUCAGUCACCUUCAUGCAAAUAAAAGGCCAGUGAGACAAAAUAAGUCAGUUUUCAGUGAUGUGCUGUGCUUUUGUUAGACGUACUGCUUCAACGGAGAUACCAGCUUGGUCAAGAGAAACAGAGCCAAUGGCAUGGUCUGUCAGCAGCCUAUACCGACUUUUCUGUGAUGCAUUUUUGUGACCUUUAUUUGUUAUGUGUUGUGUGUUGACCUAGUCUAACAUAGCAUUUGACAACAAACCUUUAAUCCUCGACUUGCAUAAAAACAACACUGACAGGAGUCCUGUGCCCUCAAUUAUCAACAUUGUUUAUGUACAAAAAUCCGGGAUGCAAACCUUUUUAAAUUAAAUUUGGGAUUGUGUGAACUGA